AUCAAGAACCAAGGUCAGGGUCAUAAUCAAAUACUUAACCCUGAGGUAUUCCACCCCAUUCCAUUGUCCAAAAGAUUCUAGCCCCAGGGGUCCCCCCACCCACUCUCAGUACCGUACCACUCACAUUUUCCGCGCCAAAGUAAAGAAAAAACAAAGAUUGUUCUUCUUCCUCAAUCGCAUCAAUGGCUGUUAACGCCGAUCGCUUCCAAGAUUCAAACCCUAAAACUUGCGUUGUUUUAGGCGGAAGAGGAUUCAUCGGGAAAUCAUUAGUCUUACAGCUCUUGAAACUCGGAAACUGGAUCGUCCGAAUCGCCGAUUCCACUCACUCUCUCAACCUUCACCACUCCGAAUCUCUCCUCGCUGAAGCUCUCUCUUCUUCCCGCGCUUCUUACUUCCAUCUCGACCUCACCGAUAAACACCGCAUCGCCAAAGUUCUAGAAGGUUCUUCCGUCGUUUUCUAUUUUGAUGUUGAUAGUUCCAAUAAUGGCGACCAUUUCUGCAGUUUGUAUAAGCUAAUAGUUCAAGGUGCGAAGAAUGUGAUUAUUGCUUGCAGAGAAUCUAAAGUGAAACGCUUAAUAUACAAUAGUUCUGCUGAUGUUGUGUUUGAUAGAGAUAAACCGUUGGCGUAUCCGUGGAAAGUUGAUAACAUGUUAAUUGACCUUAAGGCUCAAGCAGAAGCUUUGAUUUUGAAUGCUAAUGACAUUGAUGGAGUGCUGACAUGUUCGCUUCGUUCUAGUAAUGUGUUUGGUCCUGGUGACUCAGAACUUGUGCCAUUUUUUCUGAAGUUAGCAAGAUAUGGUUUCACAAAGUUUAUUAUAGGGACUGGUGAUAAUUUGACCGACUUCACCUUUUCUGAGAAUGUUGCUCAUGCCCAUAUCUGUGCAGAAGAAGCCUUAAAUUUCCAAACGGUUUCUGUGGCUGGAAAGGCAUUUUUUAUCACAAAUCUCGAGCCUAUGAAGUUCUGGAAAUUUCUCUCACUUUUAUUGGAAGGCCUUGGAUAUCGAAGGCCAUUCAUCAAGCUUCCUGCCAAUUUAGUGCAAUACGUUCUCUCAGUUUUAAAGUGGUUAUAUGAAAAAUCGGGACCCGGAUACUUCAACUAUCCCUUAUUAGUUCAUUUUAUUCAGUUAGCUUUACACACCCGAACUUUCAACUGCUCAGCAGCUCAAAAAUAUAUUGCAUACGCACCGAUAGUCUCCCUUGAGGAAGGUGUCACAUUAACCAUAGAGUCAUUCUCCCAUUUAGCUAAAGAUUCAUCUUUCUCAAGAUGCUGUGAUCGGUCAAAAGCAGAUAAGCUGCUUGGUAGUGGAAAAGUGGCUGACAUUUUGUUGUGGAGAAACGAGAAGGCAUCCUUCACAUGUUUCCUUGGGCUAGUUUUUUUGUUCUAUUGGUUUUUCCUUUCUGGAAGCACUUUUAUAUCAUCUGCUGCAAGGCUUUUACUGUUUGCGACUUUACUUCUAUGUGGACAUGGUUUUCUGCCAUCAAAGCUAUUUGGUUUCUCUAUACAGAGAGUGCCUGGGUCUAAUUUUAAGAUCUCUGAUACGGCUGUGAAAGAUUCAGUUACAAUUACAUUACAUCUAUGGAACAAGGGGUUUCAAAAUAUUAAGGGACUGGCCCAAGGGGAUGAUUGGUCUAUAUUUUUCAAGGUUGCGGGUUUUCUCUACCUUCUGAAGUUGUUUCUAUCAAAGUUGUUGACAACAUUGAUAGGUGUAGGUCUGGUCUUCGCAUUUAUGGUAUUCUUUGUUUACGAGCAAUAUGAAUCAGAAAUUGAUGGACUUGUGGAUAUUCUAAUUACUAUUUCGAAGGAGUUCAUGGUAUAUUUGAUGAGAAACUUACCUGUUUCUGUAUCGCGGCUUCUGCAUUAUGGUGACAACUUUCAGCAUUACCAAGGACCAGAAUGCGGGAAAGAUCUGAGAUAGCCAAACAGAGGUUUCAGCUUAGCUCUCCAAUCUUUGACAUCCUAUAGGCUAUAGGUUACUCACAAAGUUGGAGUUGUGCCCCUUUAGAAGAAUGGGGAAAGAUAGAAUCAUGUUUUAAAGAAUGCCCUCUCUCCCCCGUCUUAACUUCUGUAAUCACAAGAAUAGAACCGUUAUUCUGUGUUUAGGCUGAAGACGUUGCCGUUUGAAAUUACCGUUAUUCUGUGUUUUAACGGGUGAAAUAUUAACAAAUAGAUAGAUUGAUGAUUCAUUGACAUCAAUGAGCGUGCAAAAGGAACAUGCAACUUUCUCUUGCCAGAAAAAUUUGAGGCUCACGAUUGUGAGAUAUAUGUAAUGUACUAGCUUCUCUAAAUAGUUAUGUAAAUUGCUUUUAAGCUCUCAACAUAUUUUUGGUCUUUAUAACUUGUGCAUUUCUUUAGUUGGA